UCUCCCUCUCCCUCACUCUCUCUCCUGUUCCACUUUUCCUCCGAUUCUCUACCCACCAACUCACCACGCCGAUGCUUAUUCUCCAAAACCACCCCAUCCCCAACCCUCUUAUCCGCUCCCCCUCCCCCCUCUCCGAAGAAGAAAAGAUAGUACCACAACAACAAGAAAAUAAACAAAGGGAUAGAGAUGAAGCCGUACCUUGCUCUAUUCCUCCUCCUCCUCUUCUCUUCCCUCCCUCUUCUCCUCGUUUCCCAUGAUGGCGACUUCGACACUCUGAUGAAGCUCAAAGAUGGCCUGCAUGGCCCCGCCGGCAACGACCUCCACGACUGGGACCCCUCAGGCCCCACCCAUUGCUCCUUCUCCGGCGUCACGUGCGACGCGGACGCCCGGGUCGUCGCCCUCAACGUCUCUUACAUCCGAUUCCACCGCCCGCUGCCGCCGGAGAUCGGCCUCCUCGACCGUCUCGUCAACCUCACUGUCGCCUGCAACUUCCUCACCGGCCAGCUCCCGCCGGAGAUCGGCGCCCUCCCCGCCCUCCGCUUCCUCAACAUCUCCAACAACAACUUCACCGGCCGCUUCCCCGACGUCGACGGCGGGUUCCCGGCGCUCGUGGUCCUCGACGCCUAUAACAACAACUUCUCCGGCCCGCUCCCUCUCGGCCUCGCCAAGCUUCCCCACCUCCGCUACAUCCACCUCGGCGGGAACUUCUUCUCCGGCGAGAUCCCGGAGUCCUACGGCGGGAUCGGAAGCCUCGAGUACCUUGGCCUCAACGGGAACGCUCUCUCAGGCCGGGUCCCGGUGAGCCUGAGCCAGCUCACGAAUCUUCGGGAGAUGUACAUCGGGUACUACAGCACGUACGAGGGCGGCAUCCCGCCGGAGUUUGGGAUGCUGACCUCGCUGGUCCGGCUCGACAUGGCCUACUGCAACCUCUCCGGUCGGAUUCCGGCGAGCCUCGGCCAGCUGAAGCUCCUCGACUCGCUCUUCUUGCAGUGGAAUCACCUCACCGGUUCAAUUCCACCGGAUCUUGGCGGGCUUGACCGGCUCCAAUCUCUCGAUCUCUCCAUAAACGAGCUCACCGGCGAGUUGCCGGAGAGCUUUGCCGGCUUGAAGCAGCUCAAGCUCCUCAAUCUCUUCCGCAACCAUUUCCGGGGCCGCAUCCCGCCCUUCAUCGCCGAUCUCCCGAAUCUCGAGGUGCUCCAGCUCUGGGAGAACAACUUCACUUUCGAGCUCCCGGGGGGGCUGGGCCGUAACGGCCGGCUCCUCAAGCUGGACGUGGCCACGAACCGCCUUACCGGGACGAUCCCUCCCGAUCUCUGCGCCAGCGGACGGCUCGAACAACUCGUUUUGAUGCAGAACGCCUUCUUCGGGCCAAUUCCGGAGAAGCUCGGGGACUGCAAGUCUCUUCUCCACGUCCGGCUCGCCAAGAACUUUCUCAACGGGACGAUCCCUGCCGGGCUCUUCGACCUCCCCUCUGUCGACAUGCUCGAGCUCAGCGACAACUACCUCUCCGGCGAGCUGCCCGGGAGGAUCGCAGGAGACAAGCUCGGCGAGCUGCUCCUCUCCAACAACUGGAUCUCCGGCCCGAUCCCGCCGGCCAUCGGGAACCUCCGCGGGCUCCAAACGCUUUCCCUUGAAUCGAACAGGAUCUCUGGAGAGAUCCCCGCCCAGAUCGGCGAUCUGAAGCAGCUCUCAAGGCUUUACCUUAGAGGCAACAACUUGACCGGAGAAAUUCCUCCGGAUCUCGCCCGGUGCGCCGGGACGCUCGAGGUUGUUGAUCUCAGCCGCAACCACCUGAUCGGCGUGAUCCCGGACGCGAUCACCGAGCUCCAGAAUCUCAACACCCUCAAUCUAUCCAGGAACCAACUCUCCGGCGAGAUUCCGGCGGACAUCCAGCGGAUGCAGAGUUUGACCGCCCUCGAUCUCUCUUACAACCUUCUCUCCGGUGAGAUCCCAGCCCAGGGGCAGUUCUUGGUGUUCAACGAGAGCUCGUUCAUCGGCAACCUCGACCUCUGUGGCGGCCCGCUGCACGUGCCGGUCCCGUGCGGCUUCUCUCGGGGUCAGGCUCGUGAUGGGCUCGGUUCCGGCCGGGGCCGGGGGUGGGACUGGAAGCGGUUCUUCGUGUGCGUGGUGGUACCCUUAGUUGGGAUAAUUCUGGUGGGCGUGGCGGCGCCCAAGGGAUGGAGGGCGUGGAAAGGAAGAGGCCGUCCCGACGCCUGGAAGAUGACCGCGUUCCAGCGGCUUAACUUCACGGCGGAGGAUGUGAUGGAGUGCCUGAAAGAAGACAACGUCAUCGGCAAAGGCAGCGCCGGGAUCGUUUACCGGGGGAGCAUGGCGAGCGGCGCCGAGGUGGCGAUCAAGCGGCUUGUUGGCCGUGGCGGCGGAGAGCACGACCGUGGGUUCACGGCGGAGAUAACGACUUUAGGCCGAAUUCGGCACCGGAACAUCGUCCGCCUUCUCGGGUUCGUGUCGAACAGGGAGACCAAUCUGCUGCUCUAUGAGUACAUGCCGAAUGGCAGCUUGGGAGAGAUGCUGCAUGGAAGCAAAGGGGCGCAUUUGGGGUGGGAGGCGCGGUGCCGGAUCGCGGUGGAGGCGGCGAGGGGUCUGUGCUACCUCCACCACGACUGCUCGCCGCUGAUAAUCCACCGGGAUGUGAAGUCCAACAACAUACUGCUUGACUCCAACUUCGAAGCACACGUUGCCGACUUCGGUCUCGCCAAGUUUCUUCACGACUCUGGCGCGUCCGAGUGCAUGUCCUCCAUUGCUGGGUCCUACGGCUACAUCGCUCCAGAGUAUGCAUACACUCUUCGGGUGGACGAGAAGAGCGAUGUCUACAGCUUUGGUGUUGUGCUCCUGGAGCUGAUAACCGGGCGUCGGCCUGUCAGCCCAGCCGCCUUCGGUGAAGGUGUGGACAUUGCCCAGUGGAUCCGGAAGACAACAUCGGAGAUCGCGGACACGUCUGACGCUGCUGCAGUACUUUCUGUAGUGGAUCGCAGGCUCUCGCCAUGCCCUCUGGAUUUGAUCAUCAACCUGUUCAAGGUCGCGAUGCUGUGCGUGGAGGAGCAAAGCGUGGCACGCCCAACCAUGAGGGAGGUGGUCCAUAUGCUCUCCAAUCCAACAGCCUCUGCGGAAACAGAACUCCUUGCUGUCUAGAAAACCAAUCUUCUAAACUACUGCUAAUAAGCUGGGAGGCUUUUUUGUGUUGUAUAUAAUCGUUGUUAGAUUGGUUCCUGUAUGCUAGAGUGGUCUUCUAAAGAGUGUAGCCACUCGACUUAGCUGAAACUCUGUUACCUGAUUGUUACGAUGGAACGUUGUUUUGGUGUUUGAUGAAUUGUCUGCCAUCUUGGCAUGAUCGGAGGACUAGUUUUGCAAAUGAUGGACAUUUGAUCA